AUGCGAAUCUUGGAAACGUUUGAAGUUUGAACAUUUUCUGAAAUACUAUUUACAAAAUACUUGGCGAAUAAUAAUACUGCAGUAUGUAUUCGAAGUCACGGAAUGCAAAUAAGCCUCAAGCAGCUCCCAAAAUUUCUCCUGUUACUUUAGCACUUCAGCUAGUUUCAGGGGAAAGAUUGAUUGCAGAGUUUCAUCCGGAAGGUACUCUGUGGGACAUCCUUCAACAUUGGGAAGCACAAAAUAAACUUGAUCCAUCUUUAGCAACACUGAAUGACAACAUUCCUGUUUGCAUUUAUAUGAGAAAGGAAAUCGCAACCAAGGAAAUGUUGCAAAUGACAACUCUUCUUCAGCUAGAGAUUUUCAAUGGAAAGGCAGCCAUCAGGUAUAUUACGAAAUCACCAGGAGUUGUAGAACAGCUUCAUGUUGGUGGGAUUAUUGCACCCACUCCAAGGAUGCCAUCACCUGAACUACAAAAAAGAAAAGUUGAAGAAGUUGAACUGAAGAUUCAAAAGGAAACGUCUGCUCUAGUGCCUGAAAAUGUGACAGAACCGUUUAUUGUAACCGAAAAGCAAGAACCUGGCGUUGACACAAUUUGUCAAUUACAAAAGGAAUCUAUUGAACCAAUUCAUAUUACACCAGAAGAAAGCAGAACUGUUGAUGCAGAAGAGCUGCCUUCUUGUCAAGAGCUUGAAGCUCCUGAAGUAGAGCUCGCUAUAGAGGAGCCAGUUUACUUUCUCAAUGAACAAGGAGUAUUAGUUUACAUGCCGCCACAAGAUACCAAUUCCAUUUCUACAAAUCAUAACGAAGAAUCAGAUGAAUUUUUUGAGAUUACAGAGGAAGAGGUCCGCAGAAUGAUGCACGAUCUGAUUUGUCAAAACACUCAGCUACAAAAUGCCCCGCUUAUUACCGCUCAAUUGCGUCGCGAACAUGAAGAGAAACGACGGCGCCAGCUAUUGGAAAAGUAUCCCACAACGGUUUUGCGUAUCCAGUUCAGUAACCGCUUUAUUCUACAGAUGCCUUUACCGUCAGAAAUCACAUUGGCUGAAGUUAAGCUACAAUUGCUGGAAUAUCUCGAUGCAUCAAUAAAAGUGGAGAACUUCGAACUUUUCACGACGCCGCCAAAGCAAAUAAUCGAGACUUCCCUAUCCCUUCAUGAAAUUGGUUUGACUCCGUCGUCUCUUAUCUACAUUAGUUCCCACUGCGUUUUGAAAGAGCAAUUCCGCCUUAACCCUUCCGAUUACGGUGCUGCUGUACGAGAUGCAAAUCGCCGACUUUAUCGUUCUGUUACAACAUCUACGACCAUGGCUGUAAGUGCUGGAAACAAUGAUGUCAGUGUCGCUAAAGAUCAGCGGCCUAAGCGACCUGCCUCAGAAACCUCGGUCGUGAACAAGAACAAGAACGUUCCCAAAUGGCUUAAAAUGAAUCAAUAACUUUCCCUCACCAAGGUUGUUCAUAUAUUUUCUUCGAAGUCUAAAUAA